GUGCGGGCUGUGUCCUGAGUGGGUGAGGGAGGCGCGGAGGCGGCGCUCAGGGGCACUGCUCGGCUAGCCGCUCGGUUCUCGCUAGGGGCGCCCACCCGCUAGUCUGUCCGGCGCGAGCCACCGCCACCGCCACCGCCACCGCCCGCCCGGAUAGUCCGGCCCCGGGGCCCCCAGGCUCAGCCCGCGGAGCGGCCUCCUGAGGACGCCUCUCGGCGAGAGGAACGCGCCGGCGCCCUUGCCUUCGCAGUGGCCCAGCGCGCGGGCCGCGGGAUGAGGGGCAGCCAGCGAGCCGCGCCGGCCCUGCGGCUCCGAGGGCACCUCUGGCCAGUGCUGGUCGUUCUGGCGGCCGCCGCGGCGACCUGUGCCUGGGCAGCCAUGGACGAGUGCACGGACGAGGGCGGACGGCCGCAGCGCUGCAUGCCCGAGUUCGUCAACGCCGCCUUCAACGUGACCGUGGUGGCCACCAACACUUGUGGGACUCCGCCUGAGGAGUACUGUGUGCAGACCGGGGUGACCGGGGUCACCAAGUCUUGUCACCAGUGCGACGCCGGGCAGCCCCACCUGCAGCACGGGGCUGCGUUCCUGACCGACUACAACAACCAAGCGGACACCACCUGGUGGCAAAGCCAGACCAUGCUGGCCGGGGUGCAGUACCCCAACUCCAUCAACCUCACGCUGCACCUGGGAAAAGCUUUUGACAUCACCUAUGUUCGUCUCAAGUUUCAUACAAGCCGCCCAGAAAGCUUUGCCAUUUACAAGCGCACGAGGGAAGACGGGCCCUGGAUUCCUUACCAGUACUACAGCGGUUCCUGUGAGAACACCUACUCAAAGGCAAACCGUGGCUUCAUCAGGACAGGAGGGGACGAGCAGCAGGCCUUGUGCACUGAUGAAUUCAGUGACAUUUCUCCCCUUACAGGAGGCAAUGUGGCCUUUUCCACCCUAGAAGGAAGGCCCAGUGCCUACAACUUUGACAAUAGCCCGGUGCUGCAGGAAUGGGUAACUGCCACUGACAUCAGAGUGACUCUCAAUCGCCUGAACACUUUUGGAGAUGAAGUGUUUAAUGACCCCAAAGUUCUCAAGUCCUAUUAUUAUGCAAUCUCUGAUUUUGCUGUGGGUGGCAGAUGUAAAUGUAACGGACAUGCAAGCGAGUGUAUAAAGAACGAAUUCGACAAGCUGGUGUGUAACUGCAAACAUAAUACGUAUGGAGUAGACUGUGAAAAGUGUCUUCCUUUCUUCAAUGAUCGGCCAUGGAGGAGAGCAACGGCUGAAAGUGCCAGCGAAUGCCUGCCCUGUGACUGCAAUGGCCGAUCACAGGAAUGCUACUUCGACCCUGAACUAUACCGUUCCACUGGCCAUGGUGGCCACUGCACCAACUGCCGAGAUAACACAGAUGGCGCCAACUGUGACAGGUGCCGAGAGAACUUCUUCCGCCUUGGGAACAAUGAAGCCUGCUCUCCAUGCCACUGUAGUCCUGUUGGUUCUCUGAGCACACAGUGUGAUAGUUAUGGCAGAUGCAGCUGUAAGCCGGGAGUGAUGGGGGACAAGUGUGACCGUUGCCAACCUGGAUUCCAUUCUCUCACUGAGGCAGGAUGCAGGCCAUGCUCUUGUAAUCCCUCUGGCAGCAUAGAUGAAUGCAAUGUUGAAACAGGAAGAUGCGUUUGCAAAGACAAUGUGGAAGGCUUUAAUUGUGAAAGAUGCAAACCUGGAUAUUUUAAUCUGGAGUCAUCUAAUCCUAGGGGUUGUACACCCUGCUUCUGCUUUGGGCAUUCUUCUGUGUGUACAAAUGCCAUCGGCUACAGUGUUUAUUCUAUCUCCUCUACCUUUCAGAUUGAUGAGGACGGGUGGCGUGUGGAACAAAGAGAUGGCUCUGAAGCAUCUCUUGAGUGGUCCUCUGAGAGGCAAGAUAUUGCUGUGAUCUCAGAUAGCUACUUUCCUAGAUACUUCAUUGCUCCCGCAAAGUUCUUGGGCAAACAGCUAUUGAGUUAUGGUCAGAACCUCACCUUCUCCUUUCGAGUGGACAGACGAGAUACCCGCCUCUCUGCUGAAGACCUUGUGCUUGAGGGAGCUGGCUUAAGAGUAUCUGUGCCUUUGAUUGCUCAGGGUAAUUCCUACCCAAGUGAGACCACUGUGAAAUAUGUCUUCAGGCUCCAUGAAGCAACAGAUUACCCCUGGAGACCUACUCUUACCCCUUUUGAAUUUCAGAAGCUCCUAAACAAUUUGACAUCUAUCAAGAUCCGUGGGACAUAUAGCGAGAGAAGUGCUGGAUAUUUGGAUGAUGUUACACUGACAAGUGCUCGCCCUGGGCCUGGGGUCCCUGCAACUUGGGUGGAGUCCUGCACCUGUCCAGUGGGAUAUGGAGGGCAGUUUUGUGAGAUGUGCCUCUCGGGUUAUAGAAGAGAAACUCCGAGCCUUGGACCAUACAGUCCAUGUGUGCUGUGUGUCUGCAAUGGACACAGUGAGACCUGUGACCCUGAGACAGGUGUUUGUAACUGCAGAGACAAUACAGCUGGGCCCCACUGUGAGAAGUGUAAUGAUGGUUACUAUGGAGAUUCAACUGUGGGCACCACCUCUGAUUGUCAACCCUGUCCAUGUCCUGGGGGCUCAAGUUGUGCUGUUGUCCCCAAGACAAAGGAGGUGGUGUGCACCAACUGUCCUACUGGCACCACUGGUAAGAGAUGUGAGCUCUGUGAUGAUGGCUACUUUGGAGACCCUCUGGGUAGCAAUGGCCCUGUAAGGCUUUGCCGCCCAUGCCAGUGCAAUGACAACAUCGAUCCCAAUGCAGUUGGAAAUUGCAAUCGCUUGACAGGAGAAUGCCUGAAAUGCAUCUAUAACACUGCUGGUUUCUAUUGUGACCGGUGCAAAGAUGGAUUUUAUGGAAAUCCCCUGGCUCCCAAUCCAGCAGACAAAUGCAGAGCCUGUAGUUGCAACCCAUAUGGGACAGUGAAGCAGCAGAGCCGCUGCAACCCCGUGACUGGGCAAUGUGAAUGUUUGCCUCACGUGACUGGGCGGGACUGUGGCUCCUGCGACCCUGGAUUCUACAACCUGCAGAGUGGGCAAGGCUGCGAGAGGUGUGACUGCCAUGCUUUGGGUUCCACUGAUGGGCAGUGUGACAUUCGCACUGGCCAGUGUGAGUGCCAGCCUGGAAUCACCGGUCAGCACUGUGAACGCUGUGAGGUCAACCACUUUGGGUUUGGACCGGAAGGCUGCAAACCCUGUGACUGCCAUCCUGAGGGGUCUCUUUCACUCCAGUGCAAAGGUGAUGGUCGCUGUGAAUGCAGAGAAGGCUUUGUGGGCCAUCGCUGUGACCAAUGUGAAGAGAACUAUUUCUACAAUCGGUCUUGGCCUGGCUGCCAGGAAUGCCCGGCUUGUUACCGGUUGGUAAAAGAUAAGGUUGCUGAUCAUCGAGUAAAGCUUCAGGAGUUAGAGAAUCUAAUGGCAAACCUUGGAACUGGAGAAGAGGUGGUGACAGAUCAAGCCUUUGAGGAUAGACUGAAGGAGGCAGAGAGGGAGGUUAUGGACCUCCUUCGUGAAGCCCAGGAUGUCAAAGAUGUAGACCAAAACCUGAUGGAUCGUCUCCAGAGAGUGAACAACACUCUGUCCAGCCAAAUUAGCCGUUUACAGAAUAUCCGAAAUACCAUUGAAGAGACUGGAAACUUGGCUGAACAAGCACGUGCCCGAGUUGAAAACACAGAGCAGUUGAUUGAAAUUGCAUCCAGAGAACUUGAGAAAGCCAGAGUCGCUGCUGCCAAUGUGUCAGUGACUCGGCCAGAGUCUCCAGAGGACCCAAACAACAUGACUCUUUUGGCAGAAGAGGCUCGAAAGCUUGCUGAACGCCAUAAACAAGAAGCUGAUGACAUUGUACGAGUGGCAAAGACAGCCAAUGAUACAUCAACUGAGGCAUAUAAUCUGCUUUUGAAGACACUGGCAGGAGAAAAUCAAACAGCAUUUGAGAUUGAAGAGCUUAAUAGGAAGUAUGAACAAGCAAAGAACAUCUCACAGGAUCUGGAAAAACAAGCUGCCCGAGUACAUGAAGAGGCCAAGAGGGCAGGUGAUAAAGCUGUGGAAAUUUAUGCCAGUGUGGCUCAGCUGACCCCUGUGGACUCACAGGCACUGGAGAAUGAAGCAAAUAAAAUAAAGAAGGAAGCUGAGGAUCUGGACCGCCUGAUUGACCAGAAGUUAAAAGAUUAUGAGGACCUCCGGGAAGACAUGAGAGAGAAGGAACUUGAAGUAAAGAACCUUCUGGAGAAAGGAAAAAUUGAACAGCAGACUGCAGACCAGCUGCUAGCUCGUGCUGAUGCUGCCAAGGCUCUUGCUGAAGAAGCUGCUAAAAAGGGAAGAGAUACCUUACAAGAAGCCAAUGACAUUCUCAACAACCUGAAUGAUUUCGAUAGACGUGUGAACGAUAACAAGACUGCUGCAGAGGAGGCACUGAGGAAGAUCCCUGCCAUCAACCAGACCAUAGCUGAAGCUAACGAAAAGACAAGAGAAGCACAGCUGGCAUUGGGCAACGCUGCAGAGGAUGCCACAGAGGCCAAGAGGAAGGCUCACGAGGCCGAGAGGAUCGCAAGCGCUGUCCAAAAGAAUGCUACCAGUACCAAGGCAGAAGCUGAAAGAACUUAUGCAGAAGUUACGGAUCUGGAUAACGAGGUGAACAGUAUGCUGAAGCAGCUACAGGAAGCAGAAAAAGAGCUGAAGAAAAAACAAGAUGAUGCUGACCAGGAUAUGAUGAUGGCAGGGAUGGCUUCACAGGCUGCUCAAGAAGCCGAGAUCAAUGCCAGAAAGGCCAAAAACACUGUUACCAGCCUCCUAAAUGAAAUUAAUGACCUCUUAGAGCGGCUAGGGAAACUGGACACAGUGGACCUCAAUAAGCUAAAUGAGAUUGAAGGUACUCUGAGCAAAGCCAAAGAUGAAAUGAAGGUCAGUGAUCUUGACAGGAAAGUGUCUGACCUGGAGAAUGAAGCCAGGAAGCAGGAGGCUGCCAUCAUGGACUAUAACCGAGACAUCGAGGAGAUCAUGAAGGACAUUCGCAAUCUGGAGGACAUCAAGAAGACCUUACCAUCUGGCUGCUUCAACACCCCGUCCAUUGAGAAGCCCUAGCAUCUUCAGGGCUGGAAGGCAGCAUCCCCCCCAGCAGGGGAGCAAUUGUGAGGCCACAGAGUGCCUUGACACAAAGAUUACACUUCUCAGACCCCCACUUCUCUGCUGCUCUCCAUCACUGUCCUUUUGAACCAGGAAAAGUCACAAAGUUUAAAGAGAAGCAAAUUAAACAUCCUGAAUCGGGAACAAAGGGUUUUAUCUAGUAAAGUCUCUCUUCCACUCAUGUCACUACCUUACCCACACUUUCCCUUCUGAUUUGUAUGAGGACAUGGCAUCCUACGUUAUUAUGCGGUGGCAUAAGCACACCACGUGAGCCCUUGUGUGCCAGGGCAAAACAAGUAGCCCUCCCCUCUUCUUGACACCAGCAGAACCUCCUCAAUCUCAGUACUCUUGUUUCUAUGAAGGAAAAGUUUGGCUACCGACAGUAGCAUUGUGAUGGCCAGUAUAUCCAGUCCAUGGAUAAAGAAAAUGCAUCUGCAUCUCCUGCCCCUAUUCCUUCUAAGCAAAAGGAAGUAAACAUGCUGUGCCAAAGGUAUUGGUCAUUUAGAAUGCCAGUAGCAAUCCAUCAGCUGUUUAACCAUUUUAAGUAUAGGACAUUGAGCCAUCCAUGGGUAAGGAUACAAUUAUUUAUGAAGUCUUCAGGUGAACAUGGCUGAAGUAAGCUGAAGAUUGUCUCAUAUAUUAAUAAUUGAUUAGGAAGAUAAACUUUUUAAAGAUCUUUGGGCAGCUGAUAAAUCUGGAUGUGCAGCUUGUACUCACCAAUAGUGUCUUUUGAUAUUUUUACAAAUGGAACUUAUACAGAAGAAAUAGGGAUAUGAUAACCACUGAAGUUUUCUUUUCAAAAUCAAAUUACUUCUUAGAGCUUUUUUAUUAGGUUAGUCUUGGAACUAGUGUUAUGUGGCAGAAAACGGUUGGUCCCUAAAAUCUCGACAAACAAAAACUAAAGAAAAACAAGCUUCCUGCCCUAGUCUUUGCUAGCAAAGGAAUAAAACUUAGAUGCAACUUGUACUGUCAUUGUCCUGUACAUGCAUUUUUCUAUUGGAGAGAGAUGAAACAUUUUACCCUUAGCUCCACUUUUCUUCCAGUGUUUCUAGAAAUCCUUCAAAGAAUCCUACAUUGUUUGCCAAUUCCUGGUGGCAAAAUACUUGCACUCAGUAUUUCACACAGCUGCCAAUGCCAUCUAGUUCCUGCACUUUGUGAUUUGAACUCACUCAAAACCUUCCCUCUAAGUCCAGAGGGAAGAUCUUUAUGUAGGUUUUCUUAGUGGGCUUCUCAACUUGUGAUCCUCAGUUCUGUGGUUUUAUUUUAAGACCACACUGUCAUAGUUCCCUGCCACACACCCCCUUCCUCCUACCAGUCUGCCUUUGAGAUUCAUAUAUAGCCUUUAACACUAUGCAACUUUGUACUUUGUGGGGGUGGGGGGGAGAAACUAUUAUCUGACACACUGGUGCUAUUAAUUAUUUCAAAUUUAUAUUUUUGUGUGAAUGUUUUUUGUUUUGUUUAUCAUGAUUAUAGAGUAAGGAAUUUAUGUAAAUAUUCUCGGUCCUAUUUCUAGAAUGGCACUGUCUGUGCACUGCUUUGCUCAGUUUUUUCUCUUCACUGGCACAAUGUCUCUGAAUACCUCCUUCCCUCUGAAGCUAGAAGUCUUCAGAUUGUAUUUGCUCCCCAUUGCUUUGCUCUCUGCCUUGUGUUCGCAAUCCCUGUAUUCUCUAAUAACAUCAACUUGUUUUUCUCCACACCCAGCCCCUGGGAAGAGGUGACUCAGACCCUCUUCCAUGGCAGCCCUGAUGACCCUAGACUGCAGCAGGAUAUUGUUUUCGACGUUCAGAGCAGGAAUGUCAGGUGGACAGGAUAAUGGAGUAUUAGGAAAGUUUGCUGAAGAGGAUCUUCGGGAUCUGCAUUUAGGGAUCUAGCCAGGAAUGAGUGAGAAAUGCCCUUUCCAGCAGUUGUGGGAACUGGAUGGGUCAGUUUUAUAAAGGGUGCAUUAUUAUGGAGCACUGUAAAGACAUCAGGAAACACUGCUGCUCACCAGCAGACCAAGAGUGGUGGUGUGACUUAGGCCUGAGGAUCCCACUUUCCCAUUCCCAUCUCCUCGGGCACUCCAGAGUUUGCCACAGCGUUUUGACUUGGCAGACCCCCAUGCUUUCACUCUGCUUCUGCCCCAGGCCUCUUCUACUAUCACAGGAGGUAUGGUUCUCGCCAAGUUUUCACAUUGAUGUUUCCUAGCUAGUUCCUCUUUUUAAGUGGCCACAUCCUAAAGGCAUUUUCAUCAAGGUUACAGGAAGAAGACUGAAGAUCAACUGCCAAGCUGCAAGCUAGUUUGGAUCAAGUUCACUCCAAGUUUUGGGUCACAUUGGGUUGGUUUGGUUUCUUUUUUCUUUCUCUCACUCUGUCUUGUUGUUUUUCUCCUUCUUGAUCUAUGUGAUAUAUUUUUAAACAGAAUUUUAUUUUUAAAAUAAAAAUUCUUUAUAAAGUGAUACCUUAAUUACACUCCUGCAAUAUAGCCAUUAUUUUAUUGUGUAGUUUCAGUUAUCUGUAUUUUAUGUAAUGAAAUAACAGGAUGGCUGCUGCAGAAUGCUGGGUGACAUGGGGAAUAUAUACCGCUAUUUUUCCCUGGAAUUUUCCCUUUGAGUCCCAAAUACGGCCCUUUUACAUGUGCCUUCACUUUAGCUGUUUGCCUUAAUCUUACAGUCUUGCUUUCCAGGGUGGUUAAUAAAAUGCAACACUUGGCAUUUUUUAUGUUUUAAGAAAAACAGUAUUUUAUUUAUAAUAAAAUCUGAAUAUUUGUAACCAUUUA